AUGCAGCGGCCGGGGGAGCCGGGCGCAGCGCGCUUCGGGCCGCCCGAGGGCUGCGCCGACCACCGGCCGCACCGCUACCGCAGCUUCAUGAUCGAGGAAAUCCUCACUGAGCCUCCGGGGCCCAAGGGCGCCGCUCCCGCCGCCGCCGCCGCCGCCGCGGGCGAGCUGCUCAAGUUCGGCGUGCAGGCGCUACUGGCGGCGCGGCCCUUCCACAGCCACCUGGCCGUGCUGAAGGCCGAGCAGGCAGCGGUGUUUAAGUUCCCGCUGGCGCCGCUCGGCUGCUCCGGACUGGGCUCGGCGCUGCUGGCCGCCGGGCCUGGGCUCCCCGGCGCGGCGGGCGCUCCGCACCUGCCGCUGGAGCUGCAGCUCCGCGGGAAGCUGGAGGCGCCAGGCGCUGGGGAGCCGGGCACAAAGGCCAAGAAAGGGCGUCGGAGCCGCACCGUGUUCACCGAGCUGCAGCUGAUGGGCCUAGAGAAACGCUUUGAGAAGCAGAAGUACCUCUCCACUCCGGACAGAAUAGAUCUCGCCGAGUCCCUGGGUCUGAGCCAGUUGCAGGUUAAGACGUGGUACCAGAAUCGAAGGAUGAAGUGGAAGAAAAUAGUGCUACAGGGCGGCGGCCUGGAGUCUCCCACCAAGCCCAAGGGGAGGCCAAAGAAGAACUCCAUCCCCACGAGCGAACAGCUGACGGAGCAGGAGCGCGCCAAGGAGGCGGAGAAGACGGCGGAGGCGCCAGGCGAGGCCAGCGACCGGAGCCACGAGGACUGAGCGCGGCAGAGGGUGCGGGCCCAGGGAACCCCAGCGCAGUCGGCGGCUCCCAGAAUCCGCCGAAAGCCGCGAGUCGGCCUGCUGCGUCCACGCCGUUUGCUUUCUAAACUUUUUAUUAUUACCUUGAAUGCGGACAGUUAGGGGCCAAACAAGGACAGACCCUGAAGCCAAACCGAGGCCCCAGUGCGCUCGCGGGCCCCAGGCUGGAAACUCACAUCAGACGCGGCAGAAGGUCGCCUCCGCUCGGAGCUCCGCGGCGCCAGGCGCUCCACGCGCGUUCACGCCCCGCUCCUCUCCUGCACCCCCCACUCGCCUCUGGCCGGCCUCCGGGCCCAGACGCCUCCAGGCACACACGCGCUUCCACGCGUCGGGGACCCCGCGGCCCGGCGCAGGCCACCAUGGCCGGAGAUGGCGCCCAGACAAACCGACGUCGCUGGGGCCCCUA